AUGUCGCCAAUUUGGUCCUCCUCCGUAUACCUCGGCAUGGACGGGGGAGCGUAUUAUUGGCAGUCUUGUCCAAACGCCAAAAUAGACUCACUCAGAAUGGUCUCUUAUCAUCAUCUUAUUAUUAUUGUAGCUACUGUUGGUAAGACCAUGGUCCGUGCACACACACAAAGGGGAUUCUUUCGCAAUAUGCUCACCAACAUGUCCCAGCAAGAUUGGAACAACCUAGGCCUGGACGAGUUCUUCCAUACCCCUGCAGCUAAAUGGCGCACUUUCUCACCACCGAGUGAAAUCAUUCCCUCUAUUAUGACCACUCUCGUCACCAUGGGUCAUUCUGACACUGAUCUCGCCCCAGCGCUUCAAACAACAUCAUACUGGAAACAUGCCGGCAAGAUCUAUUCACCACGUGAAAUCCAUCAAGGAAACAGCUGUGUUCAGCUCCACAAUAACAGUCAAUUCAAAUUUGGCACCAUCCGACACAUAAUUCGCUUGGUCAAAGAUUCAACUCUGCUUUUAAUCGUUGACUCAUUUCGCCCCCUGCAAGGUGCUGAUCAGUUGCGAAAUCCAUAUCGCCACUUGCCACAUUUGAAAGCGGAUGUUCUCUAUCGUGAGUCACCCGUCAUACAAUGUAUCAAUCUUGACCACCUUUAUGGUCACUGUGUUGUUGCUGAAAACCCUCCUGAUACAUUUGAGAUCCAUGAGUCCACAAACAUCACCGUCGGUCUCAGGAGUAUGGCAAUCAUUGACAUGACUUCCAGUUUAGCCGGUUUUGGUAACUAA